AUGGGGGUGCUGAUGUCCAGGCGGCAGACCGUGGAGCAGGUCCAGAAGGUCAGCCUGGCCGUGUCGGCCUUCAAGGACGGGCUGCGAGAACGCAAGUCGGAGGGCAGCACCAGCCGGAGGGGCACCAUCGAGGACACGGUGCAGGAACUCAGAGAAGAGGAGGCGUCGGAAGCAGGGCCUUCUGCGGGGCUCCAGCAGAAGGAGGAGAGCCGCUUCCGCAGGGCGGCCUGGGAGAGGCUGCGGGACGGGCGAGGAGUGGAGCCCGAAGAGUUUGACCGCACCACCUUCUUCACGCCGCCAGCCUUUGCCCGGCCCACACGGAGGGAGCAGGAUGACGAGCCCAUUGAGAUCAGCCUGGAGCAGAGGGAGCAGGUGGGCACAGGAUAAACCCCUGGAAGAGGGAGGGAGGGCGGAGAGGCAGAAGCACCCUGGGCAAGAAAACCAGAGGGGCACGACACAUCAUAGAAUCACAGAGUUGGAUGCGUUGGAUGGAUUUAGAUGAGCAGGAGAGGAUAUCUUACUUAUUAAUUAUCCUUCCUCUAUUUCUCACGGGUGUAAGAAUGCAAAUACCUAUUUCAGCAGAGUAAUACCACUGUGGGCAGCUUAUCUCUAGAAGCUUUUAGGACACGGUUGCACAACUUUCUAGAGCAGCUUUACUAUCCAAGGGUGUUUAGGCAGACUUGGGUCAUCUUCUCCUGGUUCCUUCUUAACAAAGAAAUCACUAGCAAACUGUUUGAGUAAACCAGGAAAAUAUAUAGUUUACUCACUUAAAGGUCUUGCCAGGAUUCAGCAUGUUCAGUGAUGGAAAUCAAGCAGGCGAUAAUCCUUAAAAGUUACAAACGUCCAUAGUCCAGUUCAAAAUGGAGGGUGCUCCCUGGAGGAGAGCUCACAGAGAACCCUGCCCAUUGCAGGUAAGGAGGAGGAGGAGGAGCAAAAGGAAGAAGAUUAGGUUCCUUUUGUCUUCAACCACAAAAGUUUAGAGGAUAUAACAUCAUAGAGUCACCUGCUUGCGACUUUCUAGCAAUCAUGCAUUUGUGAUUUGGCUGCAGAUCCUCCCCCAGGAAGGGGCCCCAAUAAAAAUAAUAAUUUAUUAUUUAUACCCCACCCAUCUGGCUGGGUUUCCCCAGCCACUCUGGGCAGCUCCCAACCGAAUAUUAAAAAUGCAAUACAGCAUUAAACAUUAAAAACAUCCCUAAACAGGGCUGCCUUUAGAUGUCUUCUAAAAGUCUGGUAGUUGUUUUUCUCUUUGACAUCUGGUGGGAGGGUGUUCCACAGGGCGGUGCCACCACCGAGAUGGCUCUCUGCCUGGUUCCCUGUAACUUGGCUUCUCGCAGAGAGGGAACCGCCAGAAGGCCCUCGGCGCUGGACCUCAGUGUCCGAGCAGAACGAUGGGGAUGGAGACGCUCCUUCAGGUAUACUGGGCUGAGGCCAUUUAGGGCUUUAAAGGUCAGCACCAACACUUUGAAUUGUGCUCGGAAACGUCCUGGGAACCAAUGUAGGUCUUUCAAGACUGGUGUUAUAUGGUCUUGGCGGUCACUCCCAAUCCCUAGUCUAGCUGCUGCAUUCUGGAUUAGUUGCAGUUUCUGGGUCACCUUCAAAGGUAGCCCCACGUAUAGCGCAUUGCAGUAGUCCAAGCGGGAGAUAACUAGAGCACGCACCACUCUGGCAAGACAGUCCGCAGGCAGGUAGGGUCUCAUCCUGCGUACCAGAUGGAGCUGAUAAACAGCUGCCCUGGACCCAAGGGUCAUCAGGUCCAAUUUCCUGCAAUGCAGGAAUCACAGCUAAAGGAUCCCUGACAGAUGCCCACCCCCUCUGCUGCUGCAGGGCUAGGGAAGAAGUCUACAAUGCCAUACGUUCUCCUGAACUGAGGAUAUCGAGGGUGACCUCCUUCUCCUGGGGGUCCCUGCAGCUGCUCAGGGCUUCAGCCUUUCCUCCCCUCCCCAAGCAGGUGACCAACGACGAAACGUGCGAGGUGUGCGAAGUGUGGACAGCGGACAGCCUCCUGCCCUGUCGCGUCUGCACGAGGGUCUAUCAUGAUGGCUGCCUCCGCCGGAUGGGCUUCCUGCCCCAGGACAACACCAGCGAGGUCAUUGAGGCGGCCCAUUCGGAGACCGGCUGGAGCUGCUACUCUUGCGUAAGCAGCGGGUGGGGGCCCUGGGGUGCUGUGGGAGGGGAGGGUGCUGUGGGAGACGUCUUCCCUUCCAGUGUGAAGAACUAGGGGUCCUUAGACUGAGGGGCAGUCAUUUACCCUCCCCUUUCCAAGAGAGGAUUGCACUCACGCAGAGAGGGAAAAGAGAACCAUGAUGGUGAAAGGAAGCCUCCAUGACUGAAGGCAGUCUACCCUUGAGGACCAUACACUGAAGGAGUGAGGGCAGUGGGGAGGGGACUCUGAAUCUGCAAAUCCACCCAGUUGUGUCCUGGGAGCCUCCCAGCAACUGACUCGCCCUCCUUUCUUCCCCCCCACCCCAGGACAAUCUCAACUUGCUCCUCACUGAGGAGGAGAUGAGCAGCCUCUUCCAGUCCUUCCAGCAAGGCAAGGUCGCCCCAGGUAAGCCUGUGCUGCGGACCCACACUCCUGGGUCAGGUGUGAAGAGAGGGACCCACGUCAGCCGCUCUCUCGCCCCCUUCACCCAAACCGCAGGAACAGAUUGCACUUUGGACGGGGAAUGUCUGGAGAGCAAGGAGUAGGGCCAGUGGCCAUGAUCCCACCACCACCAGGCCUUGCCUUCGCCAUGACCUAGUCUUGGGAGUCUUGCCUUUCAUUGUGGGGGCAGGAGGCCGCUCCAGACCUCCGUACCACCCGCUGGAGGAAGGCGAAGCAAUGGUGAGGGAGUCUGGUGGGCUGUGGUAGCAAGGGGAAGAGGAGGCUGCUGUGGGCAGGGCUGAGUGGGCACCUCGGUGGCAGAAUGGGAGAGGGUGGCAGUUGGGAUCCGGGUCCUAGCUCACUUCCCUUGCUGGAGAGGCAAUUGGCCACCGCAAAAGGGGUCGCCAAACAACCCCACGCCUGUUCUCUCGGCUGUGCUUUCUGCAGAGUCCUGCCUCUAAUUCAGGGCUGGGGGAGCUGCUGGUGCAUUCCCCUAAAAUGCCACUCUGCACAUGCUCUGCCCAGUCCUUCAGUGAGGGUGCCUGUGAAACAAAACCGGGGUUGUUGUUUGUAGGAAUGGGACACAGCCAGGAGGGAAGUUCGCCUCGGGCGGCAAAAUGUCUUGAGCCGGCUGUGAUUCUGGGGGUCUUGAGUGGGACUAGGUGUGUCGCUGGGUUCAAGGCUGAGGCCUCCCCUUAACUGGGGGCCCUCCUACUGAGAGGGUGCAGCAGCUGCAAAAAAAAGAGAGAGGCAAAUUCCACACUAGGGAUCAUUAGGAAAGGAACUGAAAUGAAAACUGGCUGUAUCAUAACGCCAUUAUGGAAACCUGUGGAGUACUGGGUAUAGUUCUGGCUGCCUCAUCUCAAAAAGGAUAUUGCAGAGUUGGAGUUCAGAGAAGGGCAACAGAAACGGUUGAGGGGCUGAAGAAAGGUGGCAGCAUUUGGGACUUUUUAGUUUAGAGAAAAGGCAAGUGAUAAUGGACAUGGUAGACAUUUAUAAAAAUUAUACAUGACAUGGAGCGGAUGGACAGAGAAAGGUUCUUCUCCCUCUCUCACUGGAACUCUAGAACUCAUGGACAUGAAUGUUGGUAGAUUCAGCACAGAGAAAAGCAAGUCCUUCUUCACACAGCGCCUAGUUAAACUGUGGAACUCCCUGCCACAGUGAUGGCCACCAAACUAGAUGGCUUUUUAAAAAGGAUCUGGCAAAUGCAUGGAGGAGUAGAGGGCGUUCAAUGACUGCUCUGCCUCCACAGCUGGAGGAAGCAAGGCUUCUGAACCCCACUUGCUGGAAACCCCUCAAAUCCUGCUUGCUGGUUUCCCGCAGGCUCCGUGAGAGCAGGAUGCUGGACUAGAUGGGCCACUGGCCUGAUCCGGUGGGCUCUUUUUGUAUUCUUUUGAGGGGAGCAGGGCAGCGCUAAUAGCCCAAGGGGUUAAGGUGCUGCAGAGAGAGAGAGAGAGAGAGAGAGAGAGAGAGAGAGAGAGAAAGCGCUCACUGACUCUUCCCAUCUGGUGGCUCCACAGACAGUGAGCUGACCUUGAAUGUCUUCUUGGGCUACAAGCGGCUGUCGAACCAGCAGCCCAGCAGCGAGGAGCAGGAAGACCAGGACGCCCUGCAGUUUUCAGCACUGGAUCCAGAGAAGAAAGGCCACGUCGAAUGGGUGGAUUUCCUCUCCCACGAGUCCGUCCUGCAGCUGCAGAGAUCACGGACACAGGUGGGUGAAGGUGACUCCCAUGAGGAACCUAGGAAGGUGCCUUCUGUUGAGUCACUCAGUCCAUGGGUGCCUCCAGCCCAGCACUGUCCCCUCUGACUGACAGCACCUCUCCAAGGCCUGGCAAGCCAUUGCAUCACUCCUGAGCGCUGUGGUGGCCAGUUCAGGAGUGCAAAGCCCCUUCCACACCCCUCACAGCCAAAGUCCCUUCGAAGACGAUGCUCUAAUCACAUGCUCCUCCUCUGCUUCCCCCCCACAGAAUGCCCUGCUCCGCCUGCUGACGGGCAAGGAGAGAGAGCGGGCGCGAUCCACUUUCUUGUCGCUGGACCAGCAUGGGGACGGGCUCAUCAGCGAGGCAGAGAGUCGGCGCAGCCAACACACGUGGUUCCGUAAGCGGCACAAGGAGGUGCCCUCUUGCAACGUCAGGUAAAGGUCCUCACCCGCCCACUCUGAGCCACAGCCUCCCUGGCUUGGCUGGGAACCCCCCUGCAUUUGCCACUGGGCACGUGGGCACAUUUAAAGCCCUAUGCGGCCUAGGACCCACGUACCUACGGGACCGCCUCUGCUGGUCUGCCCCGUGGCAGGAGCUUAAGGUCCACAAAUGACAACAUUUUGGAGGUCCCAAGUCGCAAGGUGGUUAGAUUGGUCUCGACUAGGGCCAGGGCCUUUUCAGUACUGGCCCCGACGUGGUGAAACGCUCUGUCCCAAGAGACCAGGGCCCUGCGGGACUUGACAUCUUUCCGCAGGGCCUGCAAGACAGAGCUGUUCCGCCUGGCCUUUGGUUUGGACUUAGUCUGCCCCUUAUGUUUCCCUCCCCUUAUGGCCUUGAUCUAUGGGCUACUUUUAAAAUGAGGCUGCAUUUUAAAUUGCAUUUUAACCUGUAUUUUAAAUUGGGUUUUUCCCCUAUUAUGUUUUUACAGUCAUACCUCAUGUUACGUUUGCUUCAGGUUGAGCUUUUUCAGGUUGCAUCCUGCGAUGACCCGGAAGUACCAGAAAGGGUUACUUCCAGGUUUUGCAGCUUGCGCAUGCGCAGAAACGGUGAAUCGCGACCCGCAGACGCGGGUUGUGUUCCCUUCAGGUUAUGAACGGGCCUCCGGAAUGGAUCCCGCUCGCAACCAGAGGUACCACUGUACUGUAAUUUUACUGGUGUUAUCCGCCCUGAGCCUGGCUCUGGCCGGGGAGUGCGGUGUAUAAAUAAAGUUUAUUAUUAUUGUUGUUAUUAAGCAGAAGCUCUUCCCCUUGGCCUGAGAAUUCUGGGCGUCUGCCUGGUUUUUCUCCAACCUGUUGGGAGUUUGGGGCACCUGUGGCCAGAGUCCUUCAUCAGACUGCUCAUUAGGGUGAUGUAACCAUGGGGGGGCCCUUUGCUCCCUUGCAGCAUCAGCCACGUGGGCCCCAUCUCAGAGAGCAGCCCAGCCAGCAACGCAAGCCAGGACCAGGUGCUGCUGAAUGCAGAGCCAGAGGAACCAAGGUAAGCAGGUCACCGGGCAGAGAAAGGUAGUCUGUCCUUAAAGGGUGCCAUGCAGAGGCCUCCAACAGAGUCUGCAAGUUCAGAAGAACCAUGUGGCAGGGUCCAGCUAAGACUAGACUGUUUCAGAAACCACUGCAGGUGCCUCACUGGCUGGGAAAUCUAUAGAACUGUAGAGUGGGAAGGCACCCCCCAGUGGCCAUCUAGUCCAACCCCCUGCAAUGCAGGAAUUGCAGCUAAAGAAUCCCUGACAGGUGGCCCUUCAGCCUCUACCACCUCCCAAGGGAGCCCGUUCCACUGUCAACUGGCUCUUGCCGCAAGAAAGUUCUUCCUAAUGUUUAGUCAGAAUCUCCUUUCUUGUCACUGGAAUCCACUGGUUCAGGGGAUCCACUCUGGAGCAAGGGAAAACCAUCUGGCUCCAUCUUCCAUAUGAUAGCCCUUCAGAUAUUUGAGUUAGGCUAUCAUAUCUUCUGGGACGCAGGUGGCGCUGUUGGUUAAACCACAGAGCCUAGGACUUGCCGAUCAGAAGGUCGGUGGUUCGAAUCCCCACAACGGGGUGAGCUCCCGUUGCUCGGUCCCUGCUCCUGCCAACCUAGCAGUUCGAAAGCACAUCAAAGUGCAAGUAGAUAAAUAGGUACCGCUCUGGCGGGAAGGUAAACGGCGUUUCUGUGUGCUGCUCUGGUUCGCCAGAAGCGGCUUAGUCAUGCUGGCCACAUGACCCGGAAGCUGUACGCCGGCUCCCUCGGCCAAUAAAGCAAGAUGAGUGCCACAACCCCAGAGUCGGCCAUGACUGGGCCUAAUGGUCAGGGGUCCCUUUACCUAUCAUAUUUCCUCUCAGUCUUCUACAGGCUAAACAUCCCCAACUCCUUCAGCCAUUCCUCAUCAGGCUUGGUUCCAGAUUCUGGGACAGCACCCAGGACUUAUCCUCUGUCUGUGGGUCACAUACUGGUUCUGGAGCUCAGGAAGCCUGGAUUAUGUUCUCCAGUCUUUGAGCAAUUCUCCGCAGGCACCCCGGGUUCUUCGCCUGAUCCCUCCUCACAUAGUAACCUAAAAAGAGCCUGCAGGAUCAGACCAAUGGCCCACCUAAUCCAGCCUCUUCUUCUCACAAUGGCCAGCCAGAUGUGCGAAACCCACAAGCAGGAACCAGGCACAAGAACAACUCUCCCCUCCUUGUGUUUCCAGCAACUGGUAUUCGGAAGCAUCGCUGCCGCCAACUCCUGCCUCAGUUUCCACCGCCGUAAUAUCACUCCUGACUUUCCUAAAUGUUGGAGAGAUGUGCCAACACUUGCAAUAUCGCUCUGCCUCAUUAGGAGCCGCGCUCAGGCUCCCGGGUUUCCAUGGCGACCGUUGGCAGCAAGGCAAACCCUAAGCAUCUUUCCAGUUGGAGGGAGAUGACUCCCGGUUUGGGUGGGGAGAGGUGGGCGAGAGGGAGAAGCGCAGCUGGGAGGGGGGCUGCUUGUGAGCCGAGGCCUUGGUGGGAUCCGAAAUGAGACGGGAGCCAUCCUGCAACGACACCUUUCUCUGGCCAUCUGCCUGGCUCUGCCGUCGCCGUCUCUCUCGCCAGGCCUGCCUGCCUGCCAACGAACUGUCACUCAGGCCUGGAGCAGAUUGGCAUAAAAGCAAAGGCGGGCAUCUCUGGCUGCUCCCCAGGCCCUGGACAGAUGGAUGGGCGAGCAAACUUGACUCUCAAGAACCGCUUCUCCCUGGAGUAGGGUGAGGUAGUCAAGUACAAUAAGGCUGUGUGGUCUAGUGGUUAGAGUAGCUCAGUUGCUUAGAGCCUGGAGCUGAUGACAUCAACAUUGCGGGUUCAAUCCCCAUAUGGGACAGCUGCACAUUGCAGGGGGUUGGACUAGAUGAUCCUCAGGGUCCCUUCCAACUUAAUCCUAUGAUUGAUUCUUAUGAGUACAGAGCCUGGGAGAGACCAGGGUUCGAAUCACCACUCAGCCACAUAGCGCUGGCUCUCUUGGGCCAGGCACCGCCUCUCAGCCUGGUCUACCUCUCAGGGUUGUUGUGGGGGCCAGAUGGGAAGGCAGAGAACCGUAUGUGCCACCUUGAACCCUCUGAAGGGAAAGUGGGUGAAGUGGAAGAGUAAUUUAAUAGCAAUUCUCUGCUUUCUGAGACCAGAGUCAAGGGAGGGGGGAAGGCGGGACUGGGAUGAUCGAGGGGGGAAAGGAAAUGGAAAGAGGAAAAAGAGGAGGGGAGACAAGGGCUGGCUGAGAGGCCAGUGGCCACACAUCUCCCUCCCCAGGGAGGUUAAGGUGCCCCACGUUGCUGGGGGCUUUCAUUAUUAUUCUUUUUUAAUUGUCUUUCUGCCCCACCUUUUCCUCCAAGGAGCUCAAAGUGGGGUGCACAUGGUUCUCCCCAUCCUCACAUUCUUCUUCUUCUUCUUCUUCUCCUCCUCCUCCUUCUUCUUCUUCUUCUGCGAUCCCUCAUAGCCGAGUAAGCUUGUCUUCCAUAAACACAGAUUUAACAAUGAGCCUGUAAGUGACCAUGGAGGCCAGUUCUACUGCAGAUAACAAUGGCUCUCAAAGUGACCCAUCCACAGUGGGAGCAGAUGUUAAACAGGGUUCUGUCAUUGCCCCAACUCUAGUCAUUAUUUUCAUUGCCAUGAUCCUGCACUUUGUCAGAGGGAAACUCCCCACCACCCUCACAGAAUCCCCCCGCAACAGCCCUGCGAGGUAGGUAAGGCUGAGAGGCGGUGACUGGCCCAGGGCCACCCAGUGAGCUUCACAGCCGAGUGGGCAGGAGCCCUUGCCCCACACCAGUUACGUCACGCAGUCGUGGCUUUGGCUUUCUCUAGGAGGUCAGCACUGGACUCUCCGCCCUGGGGGGCAAGCUGGCUUGCUGGGCUGCCUCAUGCCCAGCUCCUUUUCAUUCUGGGCCAGCCAAGCCGCUGGCUCAGCCUUCCCCAUGCCUGGCAAGUAUUUUGGACCACAACUCCCAUCAUCCCCGGCAUCAUAUAGCCAUGCUGGCUGGGGCUUCUGGGAGCUGUCUUUUUUAAAAAAUAAAUAAAUUAUUGGUUUCCAUAUUUAUCACAUAGAAAAAGUGAAAACAUUACAAGACACACAACAAGAAAAGAAAAAGAAAAAGAAAAACACACAAAACAGAAUUCUUACUUCAAAUCUCUAAUUCUCGUUACAUUGAUAGCUGACUUCCUCAAAUCCCCUCUAUCUGAAUUUCAUUAUAACCCCUGUAUAGCAGUUCUCCAAAUUCAUAUUUCUAAUAAUAUUCACUCCUUUCAUUUACUAUCCUCCUCUCUUUUAUUAAUAUUCUAAUCCUUAAUAUUUACUACCACAUAUUCUUAUUCUACCCCUAAGCCUAUUUCUUACUUCCAAGAAUUUUCUAAUUAUCUUGUAUCACAAUAUUUAGCUAAAUAUUCUUUAAAUUUCUUCUGGGAGCUGUCUUUGAGAACAGCCAGAGGUACCAGGCCAGGGGAAGGCUAAGCCUUGCUCUUGGGCCAGCACUGCUGGGGACUCCACCCUGCUAAGCUUUUCCCUCCCUCUGUUUCCUUCACAGCCGGACCAUCAACUGGCCUACUUUCCUACGAGAGAGCACCAUCUACAUCCUCGCCGCCCGGCCAAACAGCCCUGCCAUCCACCUGAAGCCGUUGGCAUAG